AAAUCCCAAAAGGUAAUAUUGAAGAACACGGGGGUAAAUUGCAUUUAUAGCUUUUAAUAGUUUGUUGAUUUCUCAAGUAUGUUAGAAACAUGGCGGCGUUCAUUGCUUUAUUUGAAUAAUCAAUUUGCUUUGUUUUUACCAUGUUUUUUACGGAGCCUGUAAAGUCUCAAAAGGUUUUUUUUUUUUAUCUUAUGCGCACAAGUUAAUAUCAUGUGGGCACGAGUUAUUAUCUUGUGCGUACAAGAUUAAAAAAACUACCUUUUAGGACUUUAGGGGCUCUGUCAUUUUUUACUUCAUUCUAUUCUUUUAUUUUAUUCUAUUCUACUCAAUUCCAAGCAUUUUAUUUUGGAAUAUCUAACCGGAAGUACAGCUAACUAGUGUUUGCUAACUUCACAGUGAAGGAAGCUGUUGGACAGAAAACUUCUCCAGUCAUGUACGAUCUUUACACGCUGACCCCGCUUUUCUCAGGGGAGUGAGAGGUCUACGUGUCCGUGUGAGGGUCCUCAGACACCGGGCUGCUCAGCUUAACCGACCCGCUCUGACUUUUUAACAGCCACUGUUAGCCUGCGGAAGCUAACUUCAGCUAGCCUGAAGCUAACAGAACUGCUUCUGACUUAUUGUUUGUUUUCUUCUCCCGCCGUCGCGCCUGCAGCACAGUGAGUGAUGUGGAAAGUAACUUUGCAGGCUUUCGGUGUUUUGCUGUUGGCCUGGUUCUUCGGGAACUUUGUUCUGGGCUGGUUUCAACACAACAACGUGAAGCCUCAAACGCAGCACAGCGAGCGUCGGAGCGGAGCUGCAGCUGCGGACAGCCCGGACCAGAGCUGCUUCUGCCAGCUGACGGGAGUCCUGGACGACUGCUUCUGUGACGUUGAAAGCAUCGACGUCUUCAACAACUUCAAGAUUUACCCUCGUAUCAAGAAACUGACGGAGAGAGACUACUUCAGAUACUACAGGGUAAACUUGAAGCGACCGUGUCCCUUCUGGCCGGACGACGGACACUGCUCCAUCAAAGACUGCCAUGUGGAGCCCUGCCCAGAGAGUAAGAUCCCAGUGGGCAUCAAGUCUGGGAACUACAACAAGUACUCCCAGGCAGCCAACACCAUAUCGGACAUGACGGAGUGUGAGCAGGCCAAAGAGCUGGGCGCCAUCAACAGCACCCUGAGUAACCAGAGUAAAGAGGCGUUCGCUGACUGGGCGAGGCACGACGACGCUCAGGACCACUUCUGUGAGCUGGAUGAUGAAACCUCUCCAGAUGCCGAGUACGUGGAUCUGCUGCUGAACCCGGAGCGUUUCACCGGAUACAAGGGUCCUUCAGCCUGGAGGGUCUGGAACAGCAUCUACGAGGAAAACUGCUUCAAGCCCAGAUCGGUGUACCGACCUCUGAACCCUCUGGCUCCCAGCAGAGGAGACGACGACGGAGAAGGUUUCUACACGUGGCUGGAAGGUUUGUGUUUAGAGAAGAGAGUUUUCUACCGACUCAUCUCCGGCCUCCACAGCAGCAUCAACAUCCACCUGUGUGCCGAGUACCUGCUGGACGAGGGUUGGGGAAGGUCAGUUUGGGGUCCGAACGUUCAGGAGUUCAGGCAGCGUUUCGACACGGCGGAGACGAAGGGCGAAGGCACCCGGCGGCUGAAGAACCUCUACUUCCUGUACCUGAUCGAGCUGCGGGCGCUCUACAAGGUGUCUUCAUACUUUGAACGAGCCUUCGUCAACCUGUACACAGGAAACGCUCAGGAGGACGGAGCCACCAAGGAGCUGCUGCUGCAGGUCUUCAAAGAGAUCAAAACUUUCCCGAUGCACUUUGAUGAGAAGUCCAUGUUCGCCGGACACAAGAUGGAGGCCAAAACAUUAAAGGAGGAAUUCCGCCUCCACUUUAAAAACAUCUCCAGGAUCAUGGACUGUGUCGGCUGCAGUAAAUGUCGACUGUGGGGAAAACUACAGACUCAAGGUCUGGGCACGGCGCUGAAGAUCCUCUUCUCAGAGAAGGAGAUCAAGAACCUUCCUGAACACAGCCCCUCUAAAGGCUUCCAGCUCACCCGACAGGAGAUCGUGGCCUUACUGAACGGCUUCGGCAGGUUGUCCACCAGUAUACAUCAGCUCCACAACUUCCGCCUGCUGUUGGAGGAGAACAGGUAACAGGAAGUGAGUGACGCUCCACCUGGCCAGCAGGCGGCGCCAGCCCACUGAGAACUGCAAUAGUCUAAUCCUCGCUCAGAAGAAGAAGAAGAAGGCCUUUUAACGGACAUCCGGAUCAGCAGUGAACCGCUCCUCCUCCUCUUCCUCCUUCCUCCCCUCAACCACUCGAUCUUAUCCCAUAAAUCUCUCGUUUUCCUGCUGCGACAUGAACGUUCACUCCUCCGCUUCCUCUCUCGCUUACGUCGGAAACGUCUCUAACUUUUUUUGUUUUUCUGUUGUGAAUCUUGUCCGCUUGUGACGAAUCUCAACGUGUUUUCAUUCUUUUUCUUUUUUCUUUUUUUUUUUUGAGUCUCUUUUGAGAAAUCAUCGGUUGUGAAAUUUGACGACCUGAAGGGAAGUGAUUAGACGGCGGUUUAACGGGGGGGAACGUGACCAAACUGUCGAUGACUAGACGGCCUCUCAUGAAGCCUGGAUGCAGAUCAAACUGUGGCCAACAGGAAGUGACGCGUUCACGUCGAGUUUGAUUUGAAGCAGUCACGGCGCGGAAAGUCCUCCUCCUUUACUGACCCCGCCCCCUGCUGACAUCACAUCCUGUUGGAUUUUUACAACUAUGUGAACCCGAGUCAGACCUUUUACGGCUCUUCUGUAAGGAUGUAGAAACACUUUGUCCUGAUGAAGGACUCCAUCAUGACAGACAUCGUUUGUCCAGAUGAAAGUGCGUCCGAAACCGUCGGGACGCUGCUGCCUCUCCUGUUUGUUUGUUUGUUUGUUUGUUUCCUCUCCCUUCUAACCUCCUCCUGUUGUUUGUAGAGAGGAUCAUUGCUCACAGCCUGAGGAUCUGGACCAAUCUGCUCUGUGUUUACCAUCUCAGGCCUCGAUCAUGUCAGCUUGCUAGGAGGUGUGUGUGUGUUUUAGUGUGUGUGUGUGUUACCACUAGUCACAUGUUGGUGGAUUUUUGCCGUAGCUUAUAAGAAGUCGACUCCUGUGACGUCGGCUUGUCGCUACCUGCCGAGUAGGCAGCUGAUUUUACUAUAAAUACAGGCGACAAAGUCAUUGUUUAUCUCUCACGUCGCUGCUUCUCACUGAUCUGUGAAGAAGAACGAAACUAAUUCAGAGGUUUUCUUGAUACCUGAAACAAAGUCUGUAAAACAUGUUCAGGUGGUUCAAUUUAGAAACUAAAGUUCCCCUGCUGCCUUAAAAAUGUGAUUUAACUGAACUUAAGUUUAAUAAUAAGUUCAAAGUCAUCUCAUCAGUUUUUGGGAUAAUAAUAAUAAUAAUAAUAAUAAUAAUAAUCCUGUUCAUAUUUCUUUCAAGAAACUUGAUUUAACGAGUUGAGUGAACUCUCAGCAGCACAUUCAUUCAGAUCAGAAGAACUCAUGUUUAUAAGAAAUGAUCUGAAACUUUAAAUUGGAUAAACUUAAAUUUGUUUAUUUAAGUUAACAAAAGAUGACUUGAUUCCACUAAAUUCUCCGAUGAUCUCACCUCCACUCCUGCUUUAAUUUCAUGUUAUGAACAUGUGAAUCUUCUGCUGCGACACAGAAGUGUAUUACUUCAUCGUGGCUGCUGCGGCGGCUCUGAUUGGUCAGAUGCACAGCAGCUGCUUGCUGGAUGUCACAUGUCCAAAGUGAGACUGUGUAACUUUUGAUCAUGACUUGAUGGAUCUGAUAAAACAGCAGCUCAAGUCGAGGACGACUAACUGGUGUUUGAUAGUAACCAUCAUGAGCUCCUGGUCGUACCAGACCGACUAACGCUGACAGCCAGAGUGCGUUAAAUCGUUUUAUCAGUUCAACUUUUCAUUUGUGAAGAAAGUUUGUGACGUUUUCCUCUUUCAAAAGUUACAAAAAUCUCACUUUAAGAACCGUUGCAGGACUGGAGGCAAAUCAAGAAAUCAAUUUUUCUUCUUGUCAACAAAUUUGAAUCCAAAACAACAAUGAACUGAUCUACUAACAA